AUGUAUAAACAAUGUAUUGAGCUUUUGACAGCUUAAGGAUCAAAUCCAUAGAAAACUUUCACAGCUAUUAACGGUUCUCACCAAGGAGAGUUGAAAAAAGACUUUGAUAGUUCUUUGAAAGGGAAUGUUUACUUUCUUGAAGGUCAUAAAAUACUCAUGCCAGCAAUCAGUAAUAAUCAUGAAGGAGGUGGGUCUAAGCUCAGUAACUCAAUGAAUUCUACAGGCAAGCUUGAUAUCAUUCACAGAUACCUCGUUUUACAGAUCUUCUUGGCAUCUGGAGAUCCAUUUUCUUGCGAGCUUCAUGUGAAGGACAAAAACAACAAUAGACGUCGAUUGAUGUUUGUUGAGGGAUCUAAAGAAAUAGUCACUAAUUCGAUGCAUGCUAGAAUUCCAAAUGGUGUCAUUAAGAGAAACAUUUGGCUUAAUCUUUGUAUAGACAUCUAAUCCUUUGUAAACGAGUGCUUUGGAAAACAGCAAUCAUAGCAAACACCUCCAUCAAAUGGAGCAAGUGGGCUUUCAUAAUAACAUCCUAACUACUAUAAAUGCCUCGAAUAGAUUCAAAUAGAGGGUCAUCUUAGAAUCCGGAAAAUAUUCACUACAAGGUCGCAAAUACCUUGUGAGUUGGGUGAGAUAGGAAACUAGUAGAUUAUCUCAGGUACUGGUGCUGUUAAUGAACUAGCAGAAGUAGAAUUCCUCCCUAAGAAUAUUGAUUUCAACGCUAAUGUAUCCAGUUUAAACCAAGUUCUCAAUCACGAUUAAGUUCAUUAAUAUGUACUUUCUCAUUAGCAAAAUGGCAUUGAAGAGAGUAUAAUGAUCACUGGGCUGUAAAUCUCUAAUAAGACCUAGAGUAAUUUACAGCGAAAAUUAGUGAAUUAAAAGAAAAAAUUCAGUACUGAUAAUGCAAACUCUAUCUCAAAGAAAAAUCCAAAUGAAGGUAAUGAUGCACCUGUCGGAAGUAAUAGUACCAGCACUUCUUUUAGGCCCAACAAGUUUGGUGUAUCUAAUAAGACUUGUGAAAGCUUUUAGCAGUAAAAAAGUAAUGCUUCGGCAUCAACAGCUAAUCAAACAACUCAAAGCAAUACACUUUACUCAAUGAGAACAAAUUCGUCUAAAAAAUAAAUACCUCAAGGUCCAAGUGGAAAUAAUGGUAUUUAAACUUCUUAAUCCCCCUUUUAAAAGAAUAGCGGAUCUGUGAUCCUUUAGCAUAAAAGAUUACACAAUCAAAGUAUCAAUGAAUAAAAUGAAGAUGAUAUGCAAAUAUAAAGAACAUCCGCAGGAGCAAUUAACAAAGGUAGUUUCGUAUCAAAAGAUAAGAAUCUGAAUGCAACUCCUUAACAAUCAAGAGGAUUGUAUCAUUCCUAAAAUAGAAAAUCUCCUGGACCAGAAACUUAAACAAAUUAGCAUAGAUACAGCACAAAGUAUCAAGGCAAUAAUACAAGAAACACAUCAAAGGGUUUUAACUUAACCAAUCAGAAUAUUAGCUAGUAAAAUACUAAUGGUUAACAGAAUAGUACCUCCUAAAGUUAGUAUCAGAAUAAUAUGGUGACUCCUAAAUAAGAAAAAUUCACUAGUUCUUAAUUGCAUUCUUAGUAAUAAAGUACCUUUGAUGACUAUAAGAAAUUUCAUCAAUCAACGAUCCUUGAGGAAAAUGAGACUGUAGCAUAAAGUGAAAGAGUAUCCUAAGUAAACGAGAUGCAUAUUCAGAAUCUUAUCUUAAAUAAUAAUAAUCAGCAAGAAGAGGUGAAAGGAAAUGAAUCUAAGAACCCUUCUAAAAUGAUUGCUAAAAAUAGAACCAACUAGCAAUAAAGAAGUAAAAUGAGAUAGUAACAGCCACCAAACAAAAAAGAAAGCAAUACUUCUAAUCUUUAUGGAUAAGGUAUUGAAAAGUAAAAAUCUGAAGUGAAUACUUUAAAUCUUGGGAACAUUGAUGAUAGUAUCGGAGUAGUUGGAAAUGGUCUAAAGUAGAAUAGACUCUCUUCCAAAGCAGCAGCAGCUAAUAAUAGAAAUCAAAACAAUAAAAGAUUUUCUUAGUCAAAUGCAAACUCUGCUACAAAGCAAAGAGCCUUUGUAAAAAAUGUAGAUCCUAAUAGAGCAACAGUCAGGAAAUUUUCAACUGGGGAUGAUAUGAAUGAAGAUGAAACAUUUAAAAACAAGACUCUUAGAUUCACUAAUAACAAUUUCAUUGCAAAUAAAGAUCAAACUAAGAAAGAGAACAUUUAUGGUCUCUAAACUACUACUGUAAAUGGCUGGGAUAAUAAGUUACUGACUAAUACUGGAAAUGAUAACACUAACAAUAACACAUUAAUUGAUUAAAGUGAUAAUGACUCUAUUGAAGAAGACAUUGUUACUUAAAGUUGUACUGACACUCCUGUGCUUGGAGGAGGUUAACGUAAGCAUGGUAAGAUAGCUGGAUUGAACAUGCCACCUCUUGUCCCCAAGAUUAAAUAAAGUGAUGCCUCAGCAAAACUCAAAUUCAUCAAUAAGCUAAACUAAAAUUCACCUAGAAAUUAAGUUUAAAAUUAUGAAACUUUACAGCAAAGUAAAGAUGAUAAUAACCCCUAUAAAGAUGCAUAUUAGUUCCAAAGGAAUAAAGAAUCAGUUGAGGAUCAUAUUGAAGAGAAUAUAAAUCCUUAUGCUGAUAAUACUCUUGAUGAUAACAACAACGACAAUGAGGAUUAUGAACUGUACUAAGCGCCAAUCAGUGGAGGCGUGCCCAUUCGCUUGCAAUAUCUGAUAGAUAAUAGUACUUCUUAGAAAAGACCAUUCACUCCACCCUUCCAGUAGAUAGUCAAGAUGUAGUAGUUAGGAAUAGGAACAAGUUCUAAAAUGUCUACAAUGAGAAAAGAAGAACUAUAGCAAUCUUACAUGAUCAAGAAUCCAAUAGAAGAGGAGUUAUUCAACGACAAUGAUAUAAACCAGGACAAUCUAAAUAGAGAAAAUUCCACCAAGAACUAAACGCUUAUCGAGGAAGAAAACAUGCUUAGAGACUCUUUAGAGCGUGGUUCUACCUUAACUAACAAUACUCCUUUCUAGAAUAAAUCCAUUAAGAGCAAUAACAGUGAAAUAGUGAAUAUAAACAGCAAUGCCAACAGUAAGAAGAAGCAAUUGAUAUAUGAUACAUAGUUAAAGUGCUAUUACGACCCUUAGACCAAUGAGUACUUUGAAUUAAGGAACGGGGCUUUGUAAUGA